UGGAGUAAAAAUAAAGCAAUCAUCCAAAUUUUCACAUCUACCUUUCUGUAUUAACAUACUUGUGAUUGGUUUUCCAUUCUUUGCUUGUGACGAUUCCUUGAUUAAGGACCCUUUUGCUGUCCUGCUGUCAUCGCUUAUCGAGAGCUUUAUCUGUUGAGCGUAACUUGACCACUUGUACCUCUGACGUCUCCACCCGCGCAAACUGAAUUUAAGGGUUCCGAAUUCGGGCCAGUAUCCUUUUUGGUCAUUCCACUUUUCUGUUGCAACACAGUUCUCCUCUUCAAUUCCUUCACUUUGGUUUAUUUUGAAAAGCACUGCCUCGUAUUCUUAGCCACACUCAAGCUUACUCCAAAAGCUUAAUCUUUCUAUAACGAAUCAUGUCCUAUCCGCCAGAGAAGGCCGGCGUCCCGGGCUCAGCAAUUCCUCCUAACCGACAGACUUCGUACGCAAGCAACUUGUCUGCCGAUGCUGUUCCCGACGAGGAUCCCUCCGAGACCUCGAAGCUUCUGACCGAGCGCUUGCAAGCUUGGAAGCAUGCAUGCGGUUAUUUGGAGAACUAUGUCGCCGCAACGGAGAAAGUUCAUAAGGCACAGUCUAAAGAAUACGAGAAGGUCCUGAAGACCGUGUCCGACCCGUUGAGAGAGGCCCAUCAUUUCGAACAACAGCUCGGGGGCGUUGCAGGUUUCUUCGAGAAUGUCCGCUCGAAUACCCAGGGCAUUGCCAACUCACACGUUGAGACGGAAAAGGCUCUCAAGGGCUCCGUGCUGCCUAUUCUCGAGAGACUCCACUCUGAAGUCAAGAGCAAGACAAGGGAGCUGACCAGCGGUGCUGCCAAGGGGAGCAAGGCAGUCGACAAGGCGCGCGUUGCGACCCAAAAGCACAUUGAACUCCUCGGUCAGUAUACCGCGAGCCACGAUGCAGCGGGCGGAAAAAUUGAGCCGAGCAAUGACCCGUACAUCUUGCAUCGUGGCGUGUUCCACCGGUUGAACAAGCAAAUCAUCGAGGAAAAUAAUAACCGCCAAGACCUGCUUGCUGUGCAGAACAACUUCGCCCAGUUUGAAGCGCACGUCAUUCAGACGCUGCAGCAGGCGAUCAUGUCGUUCAAUCAAUUUGUUGGCGGACAAGCAGAACGAACCAGAGCCAUGUAUGCGGAUAUGACUUCCAACCUGCAAAACGUUCCGCCGGAUUUUGAAUGGAAGGGUUUUGUUUCGCGCAAUGACCACAUUUUGGUCGACCCGAGCCAGCCACCUCGCGAGCUUGGCAAUAUUUCCUUCCCUAACCAAAACCAUAAUGCUACGCAGCCACUCAUCCAAGGUUCUCUGGAGAAGAAGGGCAAGGUACUCAAGACUUACAGCACCGGGUUCUUCGUCGUAACUCCGGCCAAAUACCUUCAUGAGUUCAAGUCCGACGAUGAUUUCCGCAAGGACCCCAGUCCUCAGCUUUCCCUUUACCUUCCCGACUGCAUCAUUGGCGGUAUCAAUGGACAAAAGUUCAACCUCAAGGGCAAGGAUACCUCCAAGGGUAAGGUCGGCAAUGCUCUUGCCAUGACGCACGAGAUGGCUUUUAAGGCUCACACGCCCGCUGAUGCGGAGAAGUGGAUGGAGGCAAUCCAGUUUGCUGUGGGACACGGUCCGGGGGCCCACUACGCUUCCGGAUCUGAGACUUCGAGCCCUAUCGAGAAGCAGCAGCAGCAGCAGCAGCAGCAGCAGCAACAUCCUCCGCCAGUCCAAACCCAGGGGCUGCAGCAAGAAGGAAACAUUACAAGCCCGCAGAGCGCCGGCACCCAGUUUGCUACUCCGCAAUCUGCCACUUCGGCUCAUGGUCCUACUGCAAAUGAGCUGCCUAUUCGGGAAUCUAAAUCUCAAGGUGUUGGCGUGUAUGACGCCGGAGCUCAGAAUGGCACUAAGUCAGGUGUUACUGGAGCCCCAGGGCAGUACUGAGUCUGUUUAUACUGCUCGGGGUGGAAGUGCCUGCCAUGCUGCCUAUCAAUUUGCUUGCGCAGAUUCAGUCUGAUGAAGUCUUCCUCAAUUUACGAUUAACGUUGUUUUGUAUCAGCAAGAUUGCCGUGGAAUACCUUUUGACAACCUGAGUUUCAAGCUGACGUCUCCGUCCCGACGCAAGUAAUGAUGACGAACUUUAUACCAAUUUGUGUAAUAAUUUCUCUUCCCUGUGGUUCUUUUUUUGUUUGUUUGUUUGUUUUUUUUUUUUUAUUUGUUUUUUU